AUGUCUCAUGGCCCCCUGUCCUCCAUGGCAUCAGCCACUGACCUCCGUCUCACCUUCAGCCUCACGCUCAACUGCAGGUGUGACGACACCGUCACAGUAAAACAGCACAAGGUGUGCGAGGGGAGCGGCCACACGGUGGACUACAUGCAGUUCCUGAGGAGGUACGGCCGGGCCCCCGCGGCCCGCAGGGCCUGCAGCAGCCACAGCACUGUGAGGCCUGGUCCACAGAACACUUCCCUGUCCCUGUCUGAGAUACAGAAGCAUCUCAGAGAUAAGAUCGGAGGCAACCUGAGGACCAUGAUCAGAGUGUUCAGCCUGUUUGACUGCAAGCGAGAAGGACACAUCCAGCGGCGCGAGUUCCGUCGCAUCCUGGACAGCUACUGCAUCCAGCUGACAGACAAGGAGUUUCAGAGGCUCUGGAAUCACUACACUCCUAAUAACAUGCCCACCAUUUCCUACGAGCUGUUCCUGGACAAGCUAGGCUUUGGUGACAGGCAUGUCUUCAAGAUUGCUCCAGUCUGCACCAAGCUAGAAGUGUCCAGCCGAGGGACAACUCCAGUCAAACAGAGAGCACAAAGACCACAAUCUCUUUCCAGUCUGCGCGAUGUCCCAUCAGUCCUGCCACACAGGAAGCUGCAGACUCUUUUCCACAACAAGAUGUGCAUGAACUCUACCCCGGUGUGGCAAGCGCUGCAGGCCUCUGACACCACCCGCUCUGGCCUGGUACAACAGGACGUCCUCAGGGCCAUUCUCAGCAGCUUUAUAUUUCUCAUGAACCCUCACACCUUUCAGAAGCUGACCAGCUGUUACGGUGUGAUAGCAACGGGGCCAGUGAGGUGGAAACACUUUCUGGGUCACUUCCUGAGACCGGGAGAGGGCGACACAAAUCUUCACACCCACAGGGCCUUGGAGCAUCCCACCCAAGAAGAAGAAGACAAGUUGGAUCUCCAGGACCUUUACCCUCGACUGAAAGACAUUUUCCACCUGCUGGACGAGAAGGAGGCAGGUUGGAUAACCAGAGCAGACCUGAGACAUUCACUGGAGAGACUGGAUGGGACCCGGCCCGGUACUCUACGGUCACAGAUCACAGAGCUGCUUAAUGCUCUGGACCCGGAACACACCGGGGUCAUCCAGCUAGCCGGCCUGGAGAGACUCAACCUCAGUACCGGCUCCGCUACCACGUGCAACACGGCACCACCGCCCACCCCCGCCGACACUGCUGAGCACCUGGACGUCCCCGAGGAGGCUGAAGACGCUGCUCUCAGUUCGGUGCUGACAGCUCUGGAGCAGGUUGACCCUCAGCGCACCGGAUACGUCACACGGGAGGAACUGAAGAAGGUCUUGAGCUGCUAUGGCACAACCACCUCAGACACACACUUCAACAAGCUCUGUGAGACCUCCAGCUCUAGACCUGGCAGUUCCUCUAAGUCGGUUCAUUACACUGACUUUCUCAGGAACCUGGGAGUCCUGCUAACAGAUGAAACACACAAAAGCUACCAUAAUGAGAGGCCAUGUGCUUCACCUCAGUCGACCCCACGGUCAGUCAGGGGACAGCGACCUCCCUCCGUCCUGCAGGUCAGUCCAGACACCUGCAACAUCCUGGACAUUGUCUUCCAGAGGAUGAGAUCAAGGUUAGAGCGACGCAACAGCAGCCUGACCGACCGCAUCCGGGCCGUCACCCACGGCUCUGACGGGACGCUGUCGGCGACUGAUGUACGGACGAUACUAGAGGACAGUUGGGUCAUCUUGGACGACAAGAAUUUCCACAGGUUCACUGAGCAGCUGGGCUUCGUUGACGGACGGAUGGAGCGCUCUGCGUUCCUGGUGAAGUACGAGGAGGCCACAGCCAGAGCCAGGCGGCAGCGCUCUGAGGGUCAUGCUGAUGAGGAUGAGGAUGAACCCCUGCUAACUUCUGCUGAGCAAUGCCUGGCUGUCAUGAAGACCAGGAUCAAGAUCAGCCACGGGGACAACCUGACAGCAUUCCGAUUGAUGGACAGGAAACGUAAAGGCGUGGUCGACUGCCAUGAUUUUAAAGCGCUAUACAGCAGCCUGGGAUUUUUCUGCAGUGAGGCAGAGUACCAGCGGCUGCUGGAUCGGAUCGGCCUGCAUCCCGGGGGCAACCUCAACUACGCAGAAUUUGUUGAAGUUGUAGAAAAUAACGGCAAACGCAAACAAGGGACACAAACAGCAUGUGUACAAGAGCAGCUCCAUGAACUCCUGGCCUGUGAAGCCCGCUAUAAAUGGCCAGAGAUGUCUAAGGUGCUGUGCCAGUUUGACGCAGACGGCCAGGCUUGGAUCCAUAAAAAGAGCUUGAGGGGACUCCUCUUCAUCUAUGCUCUUCCCAUGAGAUCUGACCAAUUUGACCAGCUUUGGUCCAGGUAUGACCCAAAUGGGCGGGGCCAUGUUGCAGUCUGUGACUUCCUGGAAAAGCUGGGGUUUCACCAUGAAGGGGAACCCAUAGCUCAAAGCCAGAAGCUGAACCAAGCUGUAGUCCAGCAGAAUGCAGAUGGACCGGUGUCCUCUGACGCUGCAUCACUGGAGUGUAUUGAACAGAUUUUGCAGGAGAACUUUGAGGGGUUGAGCGAGACCCUGACUCACCUGGAAACGAGCAGAGAUGGCACAGUGACAGUGGAUGAGCUGCUGAGCCUGUUACAAACCCACGGCUGCUCCAUCCGGAGAGAGCAGCUUGUAAAUCACCUGCACAGGCUCAAGGUGACCAUGGAUAAAAACUGCAAGAGCCUAGCUUACAUGGAUUUCCUGUCUGCGUUUGACCAUAAAGCAGAGAAGACGUGUGAGUGUCCUCCUGCUUCUCCUGAUGCUGUGUGCCAGAUAGAGUCCUUGGACAGCCUCAGUCCAGGUGUGGCUCUGGCCAGGCUGCGAGAAAUAGUCACUGCCUCAGCACCUCAUCUGUAUAAGGCGUUCACCGCCUUUGACCGGAGCGGGAUGGGGAUGGUCAAAGCUCUGGAGUUCCGUCAGGUGCUGGAUAACUUUUGUGCCCGCCUGUCAGACAAACAGUACAGAUACAUGCUGACCAAACUGCGGCUGGACCGCGAGAACGGCACUGUUAACUGGAAGGACUUCCUCAACAAGUUUCAAUCACAGAGCCCACUGACUUCGGAGAGGGGCCGGAGUAAAACCGGAUCCCCUAUCCAGAGGAGGACCUCUGAAGUCACAGAUCUUCUGCAGCCGAUCCAGGAAGUCGUCUCAGGUCACCUGUAUGAAAUCACCAGAGAGCUGAUGGAUCUGGACCCCUCCAACAGCACCACCAUCUCUAAAGAGCAGUUCAGACAGCUUUGUGAUCACCGCUGUCUGAAUCUCACAAAUGAUCAGUUUGAGUGUGUGUGGAGUCAGAUGCCUGUGAAUGAGCAGGAGAACCUGCAGUGGAGAGAGUUUCUGAAGCGCUUUGGUGCACUGGGCCGGUCGGCAGCAGGGGAUCACACCGACAACGUCCCAUCGCUUUCCUCUGAGUCCAGAGCAACAGCCUCAGCAGCAAAACUGAGUUGCCCAGAGACUGCAGGUGCCACUCUCCAACGCAUUAAG